AUGGCGUAUUUUUCAGUAGGCGGAUCGUCUGUAACUUCACUCACCAAUGAGAGGGAGCUAAACUCUUACAUAGACCGGGAACUUCAGAUGACCGAGUCGGACAGAAUCCGGUUUAACCAGGUUCUGGACGGGCUGUACCGAACUCUGCAGACCGAGGUUAGGUACAACAACAUCACCGUCAACCGUAUGGUCAAGGGAGGUUCGUACGGCAGAGGUACGGCGCUGAAGGACAGGUCUGACCUGGACGUGACUCUGUUCCUGAACGGCAUCAUCAGUAUGGGAGACUUCCUCAGUCAGCAACAGGACAUCAUCGGACGUGUGGCGAGGACCAUAGAGGGAUCCAGGUGGGCUCGUGAGAAUGGAGUUGUCAGGGUUGUGGCACAGCCAAAUGCUGCUACACUGGAGCUGAGGUCUGGAAACCACCGCAUGGAAGUCGACAUCGUGCCGGCCUACGACAACCUGGGUGUCGAGAAAAACCCAAUGAAGCGAAACGAAGUGUACCAGUCCAUGAGAGGCCAGGACUCCUACAAGUACUCUGCGUCCUUUGUUGGACUUCAGGUCGAGUUUGUGCGAGAACGUCCCGCUCGACUGAAGAAUCUCAUCCGACUGGUCAAGUCCUGGAAAAAGGCACAGGAUGACCAAUUUGGAAAGAAGCUUGGCUCUUCGUGGCUGUGGGAGUUGAUCACUAUCCACGUGUGUGAAACGCGGGUGGGGUCGACAUCGAGCUUCAACAUGCGGCAGGCCUUCAAACUGGUCAUGGAGGCGGCGGUGAACUACAGCAGUCUCCGGGCGUGGUGGAAGACUUACUACUCAGACAGGUUUCCCGUGGUUCGCGAGACGUUGUCGUCUACUGGAAGCCCAUUGGUUCUGGACCCUGCCAACCCCUGGGAUAACGUGGCUGACCGCUGUAAGCACUGGAGUCUGGUGGAGCAGGCCGCUCGUGAGGCACUGCGCAGUCCACUGCUGGCGUCUCUGUAGACAACCAACACUAGCCUCUACCAGGCUUCAAUGUCUACAGGCUUCAUGUCUAUAGUUAGCCUCUUCUAGGCUCCGGAAAGUGACUGGAAAGUAAACUGUACUCUCUAGUGGACCAACACUAUUGUUUUAAUAUCUCUCUUUUGGCCAAUUUCUACUCUUCAGUCGUGAAGCCUGGUAUAUAGAGGUUACCUGUAGACAACCAACACAACAAAUGGCAGAGACAGUGACCUGUCCAUUCAAGUUUUUUUUUUACAUUUAUAAUUACAAAACUAGAGAAGUAACAUUUGCAAAGCAAAUGCAUAAUGUUUACCUUCGGACAUG